AUGGAUGCCAAACAAUGUUUCGAACAAAGCUGCACUAAUGAAGUUCAUUAUGUAUGCAAAUGCUCAUCCCCUGCAACCUACUCUUGUGAAUUCCAUUUUGGUAAACAUUGCAAAUUGCCAAAUAGAGCCCAUAACUUUGAAUCUAUUUUUCUGGAGUCUUGCGAAGGAACUAAAGAUGCAGUUCUUGGAUUUCUUGCAAAAGAAAAGUCCAAAAAAGAUAAAUUAAAGCAUAAGAUCUUAUCAUCUUUUAGUCAGCAUCUUUGCAGUUCAGAAAAUAGUCUUGAAGAAUACGUAAAAAAGCUGGAUUCUGAGUCAGCAGUAAUAAGUAGCUGUUUCGAAAAGAUUUCCCAGACUAAAAUUAUUCCCAUACAAGAGCAGGAUCCUCUUUUGAAGCUAUUGACUUUGCAGCCUGAUGUUGCCGUUGAGAGUUUGAAAACAAUGGUUCCAAUAAACUCAAGUUCACACAGCAGCAUUAAGCUGUUUUGUGGAUUGAGUGAAGAAAUUGAAAGGAUUAUUGAAAACUCCAUCAAAGAAAAAGUUGAAAGAUUUCUUGGUCAAAAGCUCUUGAUUAUUGAAAACAAACUUGAAGAGCAUGAUAAAAUAAUCAAGGAAAAGCUAGAAGAGGUAAAUCAAUUGAUAUCUAAGCUAGCUGAAGAGAAUGAAAAAAAUAAAACGGAAUUUGAAAAUUGAAUAGAAAAGAUUCAGCUAAAAACUCAAAAUCAAGUUGUUGUUCUUAUUUCUGAAUUUAAUUCAGCUGUAGAAGAGCUUGAAAUAAAAUAA